AGAGCGGUUUCGACUUUGACUCGGGGCCCUCGGGUUUCGGUGUGAAGAAAUCGAAACUUUUUGCUUCCUUCCUUCAUUCGGUCAGCAUCCAUGGGAGCAUACGGCUGUCUACUAAGCGAGCUGCCAGUGUAACGUAAUUCGCACGUGUGCGUGAAGAAAGCAAGAAAACCGUCCCUGCCAGGCAGCAGCUAAAGUCGUCGUUACGGGCGACAUCAGCAAAACAGAAAACAGCCAGAGAAGCAGCACAAAUCUAUCAAUCAGAGAAGGAGAAGUACAAAAUUAACAAUAGCGACACACACGGGCUUAAUUCGCUCGCUGCGCACUCACCAGCGCCAGCGGUAGUAGUGUGCGAGUGUGUUGGCUUUUUGCGAGUGUGCGCGGGCGUUGCGCGCGCUCGGUGUUUCGGCGUGUGUGCCGGUGCGUUUGACUUAGUGCGAUUGUAGUGUGCCAAGGCCCGAAGCGGGUGGUUUCCAGUCAAGUCAACAGUGCUCUCACACAUGUGAGCGGAAGUGUCUGUGUGUGUGUGUGUGUGUGUGUGUGAGUGCGCGCGUACCCCAGUGCGUAUUUCCUGUGUCCUGCGUGCGUGCGUGCGUGCGUGUGCGUGGCAGUUGGUCGUUGGUCAGUAGUGGAGGGAGCACGGAAAUACUACGGUGCGGUGGCGGAGAGUGCCGUGGAGCGUGGAGCCAUGGAAACUAGCUACAACACGGCACCGAUCGGUGCUGGCAGCAGCGAGUUCGACAUCAACAUGUUCGACCAGUACGUGUACAAGACGUUUCACACACCGUCGUUCGGCGACGACGAGUUCGACAUACAGUCGAUGAACAGCCACCUGCAGCACCAGCAACCGCAGCAGCAGCAGCAGCAGCAGCAGCAGCAACAACACCAUCAGCAGCAGCAUCCCCAGCAGCAGCAGCAGUAUCAGAUGCACGGCAGCACCCAGCAGCAAUCCGGCCAUAUGGUGGGCCUGCUGCAGGACCAGCAGCAGUCCGGCUACGGCCAAUGGCACCAAGAUAUGAACCAUCACAGCCCGUACACGCUACAGUCGCCGAACCAGCCGACCUACCAUCAGCUGAACGCUAGUCCGAACAACAAUCCCACGCUGCACGUGAUGCAGCCGCCCCAGCAGUCCCCCUCGAUGGUACCACCCGCCCAGCAGCAGCAACAGCUGUCCCCUCAGCAGCAGCAGCAGCAGCAGCUCGUUGGCGGAAAUGCGCUCAGCUUCAUUGGGCGCUCGCCGCCCCAGAACGGGGUCGGCCAGGGCACGGAGAACGGCACCACCAGCGACGACAGCGACGACACGAUUCCGGCAAACUCCCUGAAGCGCCCAUCGUCGGAACCGUCGUACGGGGAGGAGGCGCUCGUCGGGGCGGCCGGCAUGAAGGCAUCGGCUGCGGCUGCGGCCGCGGCCGCCGCUGCCGCCGCCGCCGCCAAGAAGCCCAAGGUCACGAAGAAGAAGAAAAAACGGGAUCCCAACGAGCCGCAGAAGCCCGUCUCUGCCUAUGCGCUGUUCUUCCGCGAUACGCAGGCAGCUAUCAAAGGCCAAAACCCGAACGCCUCGUUCGGCGAAGUUUCCAAAAUCGUCGCCUCGAUGUGGGACGUGCUAGCGACGGAGCAUAAAAAUGUUUAUAAGAAGAAAACGGAAGCUGCUAAGAAAGACUACUUGAAGGCUCUCGCCGCCUACCGGGCGAGUUUAGUGUCAAAGGGAACCGAAGGCGAACAGCAACAAUCACCGCAACAAUCAAUCUACUCCCCUCCGCCACAAGCAACGCUGCAGCAGAAUCAACAACCACAGCAGCACCACCAUCAGCAGCCCCAACCGCCACCCCAGCAGCAACAACAGCACCAGCUGCAACCGCAGCAGCAGCAGCAGCCGCAGCAGCAGCAGCAGCAGCAGCAGCAGCAGCAUCCACAUCAACAGCAUCCACAUCAGCAACAGCAGAACAAUCAUCUGGUGAAUCACUCGAAGCACUCGCCCCAGAACGGACCCUCCGUGGCGCAAGCUCCGCCGCCCGGCCACCUGCAGCACAUGCAGGGACUGCAACAGGCGCAACAGCAGCAGCAACACUCAAACUAUGCACCGUCGUACGCAUCGUCGUACAAGCCAUCGCAGCAGCAGCAGGCUAUGAUGCAAAUGUCCCACUCGCAUCAGAAUCUACACCCCGGACAACAACAGCAGCAACAGCAGCAACAACAACACCAAACAGCCGCAUCACACCUUCACGGACCGAUGAUACCGAUGAAUGCGCAGCAGCAGCAGCAAAUGCUGGCACAUCAACAGCAGCAACAGACGCACAUGAGCAUGGCUCACCAGCAGCAGCAGCAGCAUCAGCAGCAUCAGCAACACCAGCAGCAGCAGCAACACCAGCAGCAGCAGCAUCAGCAGCAGCAACACCCGGCGAUGAUGAACUUGCCGAUGGCCGGGCAGCCACACUACAUGAACCAGCAGAUGUCCCACCAGCAGAUGCAGCAGCAGCAGCAGCAGCAGCAAUUUCAGCACCAACACAUUAAGCAGGAGCAGCAAUUUCAGCACCAACACAUUAAGCAGGAGCAGCAAUUUCAGCACCAACACAUUAAGCAGGAGCAGCAGAUGCAUCAGCAACAGCUGCAGCAGCAGGAGCUGCACCAUCACCAGCAGCAGCAUCAUCUCCAGCAGCAUGAGCAACAGCUACAGCUGCAGCAGCAGCACAACCACCACCAUCAGCAGCACUUGCAGCAGCUAGAUCCCCAGCUGCAGCAUCAGGCUCAGAUGCAGCAGAUGCAGGGUGGCGGCACUGUAGCCGGCACGAUGUCCUCCCAGUCUUCCGUAGUGGAGGACCUGAUGGGCACACCGCAGCAGCAGCAGCAGCAGCACCAGCAGCAGCAACAGCUGCAGCAGCAACCGGCCGCGGCCAUGGUGCAGCAGCAGUCCUGCCCUACCAGCAUCGCGGAACCGCCGGCCGCGAUACCGCAGACCUGCAUCCGGCAGGGCUGCAACAAUUUGGCGAUCGAGAACCCGGACUGGGAGGACGAGUACUGCAGCCAGGAGUGUGUCGUCGCUCACUGCCGUGCCGUCUUUGCCACCUUCCAGGAGGAUUGCCUCAAAGGAAAUGCUCCACCACAGCCGCCGCAGCAGCAGUCCUAUCCCGCGGUGAAGUAGAUGACCCCCCCUGGAAUAUUGCCAGACUAGAGAGGACAGUUCGGUUGCCCGGCCGCGGCGCCCCAGUGCUGCCCAGGUGUGGUGCUCUGUACGCCGCCAAACGGUCACGUUUUGUUGAUGGCACCUCUACCAUUAAUUGUUUAUUGCGCUAGAAUGGGGGGAAAUACACACACACACAUAGGUGGGAAGUGUUAGUAGGUAGUUGUAAGAAGAAGAAGAAGAAGAAGAAAAAGAAGAAGACAACAUCUAACUAACGUCGGAUGCAUUAAACGAUAGGAAGAGAGAUAGAGAGAGACGAAGCGCGCUUGUGUGGUGUGUGAAUGAGAUAUGGAAAAUGAGCACUCGUUUUCUACAGUCGAAAAAAAACCUUUAUACCUACACACACACACACACACAUACCCACACAUACCUGUAGGAUACCUUUGCAUUACUAUAAGCCCCGUAAUCGAUAGCCAAACCACAAACAACAUAGAAACAAGCCAUGAAGGGAAUGGAAAAGUGCCCCAUUGGCUUGGCAUAGUAUGUCGUAAGUUUCACAAAGCUCACACACACACACACACACACACACACACACACACACACACACACACACACACACACCUAUAUAGACCGAUAGAAGAGGAUGAGCUUCUUUUCCGUGUUUGCUAUAGUGAAGCAAACGCUUCACCGUACGUGUAAGUUGCGCAGAUGCAUCCGUUUUUGAUGGAUAGUAUCAGAUAAACAUGAUACAAUUACAGGGUUUCCCACGAUUUUUUUUGUGCGUUCCUACGAGCUUUUGGCCGUUUCACAGAUUUUUUUUUGGUCCAAUUGUAUUGAUAUCCAAUCGGAAAAUACCAAUAAAUUAUGGGAACGAACCAAAAAUCUAUGGGAUACGAGAGAUUUUUCCAAUAAGAAAGAAAGCUUUAAGCAGGAGAAAGGAUUGGUUCACUUUUAAACGCAACGGUCACUUACGGCCGUAUUAGACUAGGUAGGUGGAAUUGGAAUUCUGUCAAGCUCAAUUGCUAAGAGCGAAAUUUGACAUGAAAAUUCCACUCGCUAGUGUAAUAACGCGCAGCGAAUCGGAAUUAGUUUUUGUGGUAAUUAUUCUACCUCCACUGAUAAAAUCAGUGAUAACACGUUGAAAGCAGCCCUGUGUUUGGUUUUGCCUUUCAUCUCGACGAAAAUAAUCUUCUCUUUUUUACCUUGGAUUGAGCACUCCAAUAACUGUAUUCCUCUCCGUACGGAAACAGCCACGAGCAUACACAAUUUCACCUUUCCUACCGUGGUAAAACGCUGUCAAACGCGUGUUGACGUACGAAUUCCUUACCACCCACCCAGUCUAAUAGGGUAGUCCGAUAAGAGUAGUCCGCCAAUCCGCUCUGCUCUAACUUACCCGAUUAUUAAAGGGUAUUUUUCUGUUUUCACUGCGCACGGGGGACCACGUUAAGAGUGCGUCUGUUUUUUUUUUUAUGGAUUAUGGUGUUCAAGCGCAGACUUAAGCCAUGUUAUGAGGUCAUUGUGUUGCUUUAUCUGACCGCUUUGUGUCUAAAUGAAUGUGUAAACUGCAACAAAACAACUAUUCAGAGGAGGGAGAGAGCACAGCAAAGACGCGAAGCCAGCAAGCCCCAACGAACUGUGAGUUAUACGUGUGUUUGUGUGUGUGGAUGUGUGUUAUACAUGUAUAAGUAUGAUGUGAUGUGUUCCUUCAAACGUCCUGUUACUACCUGUCACUCACUCCAAUACAGCUCAAUUCAAACGGCCAAUAUAGCUAAUUACAUAUACAGCAAUUACACAGCAAAGAAAAGGAGGCAAACCCCCGCCUCACCUACCCACUCCCUCUCCCCUGCCCAUCUCGAUGCGGAAUUGUAAACCGACAAGUAAAUAAAGGCAAAAUGCACACAUUUUCAUACGUGUUCGUUCGAAAUGUA